CUGUCAUUUUUGUGUUGAGUUUCUACCAGAGUCUUGUGCUCCGUUUCGUACGUACAUUGUGGGUGGUGCGGUUGAGUUGCUUGAUUUUUAUUAAAAACAAUUUCAACGCACAAUUAAAACUGUGUCUUUAAUAAUCUACGACGACUUUGACGUGUAUUAGUGCCGUUUUAAAUCUAUCAAAAUGAUGUCCGAAUAUUGGAUUAUCUCAGCGCCUGGCGACAAGACUUGCCAGCAAACCUUCGACACGAUGAACAAUUUAACCAGCAAGCAACAUAAUCUAUGCAGUAACUACAAGUUUCAUAUACCGGACUUGAAGGUGGGCACACUGGAUCAGCUGGUUGGCCUGUCUGAUGACCUGGGUAAACUGGAUGCGUAUGUGGAGCAAAUCACCCGCAAGGUGGCCAUGUACUUGGGCGAGGUGCUUGAAGAUCAGCGCGAUAAGCUCCAUGAGAAUUUGCAGGCCAAUAACAGUCCUGGCCCACCUGACGAGAGCAUGCCGUGUCGACAUCAUCAACGUUUGAAGCAUUUGAGUCUGCGCCAUCAGCGUAAACACCAGCACACGCACCACCAAAACAAUCCGCUACACUACCAUAACAACCACCACAAUCACCACCAUCAAUAUCUGCAACAGCUGCCCACGGAUCUAAAGGCUGAACUACCGCAGUAUUUAACGCGUUUCCAAUGGGACAUGGCCAAAUAUCCGAUCAAGCAAUCGCUACGCAAUAUAGCCGAUAUCAUAUCGAAACAAAUUGGUCAAAUUGAUGGCGAUUUGAAGACCAAAUCGCAGGCCUACAACAAUCUGAAAGGCAAUCUGCAAAAUCUGGAAAAGAAGAAAACUGGCAGUUUGUUGACACGCAAUUUGGCGGAUUUGGUCAAGAAGGAGCACUUCAUACUGGAUUCGGAGUAUUUGACCACGCUGCUGGUCAUUGUGCCAAAAGCCAUGGCUAAUGAUUGGCUGACCAAUUAUGAGAAGAUUACGGACAUGAUUGUGCCACGCUCAUCGCAGCUCAUCAAGGAGGAUCCCGACUAUAGCCUCUUCAAUGUCACGCUCUUCAAGAAGGUCACCGAGGAGUUCAAACUCCAUGCUCGUGAACGUAAAUUUAUUGUGCGUGAUUUCGUUUACAACGAGGAGGAGCUCGCAGCGGGCAAGAAUGAGAUGACCAAGCUGAUGACCGAUAAGAAGAAGCAGUUUGGCCCUCUGGUGCGCUGGCUGAAGGUGAACUUCAGCGAAGCCUUCUGCGCUUUAAUACACGUCAAAGCGUUGCGCGUUUUUGUGGAAUCUGUGCUGAGGUACGGCCUGCCUGUUAACUUCCAGGCCAUAUUGAUUGAGCCCAAUAAGAAGAGCGUUAAGCGCUUGCGUGAUGUGCUCAAUCAGCUGUAUGGACACUUGGAUGGUGCAUCCGCUGGCGGACAUGUCAGCAGUGUUGAUAAUGUGGAUAUACCCGGCUUGGGCUUUGGCCAAUCUGAAUACUAUCCGUAUGUGUUCUACAAGGUGAACAUCGAUAUGGUUGAGCAAACCAAGCUUUAAGAAGGCAACGCACGUGCCUCUACUUCGCACACACACACAUACCCACGCACGCCCAUACACAACCACACAACAAUAAAUAUAUUAAUACAAAGGAAGAUAAACAAUUUAUUGAAUAUGUAAUUUGUAUUCAGCAACAGCUAUCACAAAAAAAAAACGCUGUCUGCUUCCAAAACAAAUCAAGAACAAUUCUAAUCUGCUCAUAAUUAAAAAACAAAAACAAAAAGUGCAUAUAGUAAAAGAAAAAAGCAACAACAAUAACAGCAGCAAACCACGCAAACAAGUAAUAGUUAACUAUUAAUUAAUUUAGUCAUUGUUAUAUAAUUAUUGUUGUUAUUUAUGUUACGCGUUCGCUGAAUUCCGUUUCCCAAGUUCAACUUUCAAAAACAAAAAAAUCUAAAAAAUCAAAAAAAAAAAUCGCGCGUAAGAGAAGCAAAACAAAAUUUCCAAAACUGAUUUUUUUCAAAUCGCGUUGCUCCCGCCCCUCACAAAGCUAAAACUGAAUCAAAGUUUAUUAUUUUUAUUUACAAUUUUUGUUCUGCUUCAGUUUUAAACAGUAUUUUUUUUGUUUGUUACACUUUCUUUUUUUUGGUUUAUUUUUGGCCUUGUUUUGUUAAAAGAAUGAUAUGUAAACUAUAGCUGAAUGAUAUAUAUUUUAGUAAACACACACAAAAAUGAAAAACUUAACACACAUUGUCACUAA